AAACAAAGCUUUUCUUUUAGGUUAUCAAGAGAUCUUCCAAUUGGAGCAAAACCUCACUCUCUCCUGCUGCCCCAGACAGUCUCAAUCUCAGAUGGUGAGGGCCUCAAGCCCAAACUGGUUUAUUUGAAAUCCAUGUUUAGGUCCCAGCAUGUGGCAUGUGCUCCACUCUGAUGACACUUUUAGUUUCUAAUAAUAGAGCAGAUGAAGUAAUAUUGCAAUUGAUGUUCCCGGGGAUUUGAUUGGAUAAGUGCAUAAAGUGUGGAGGGGGAAGGGGGUUGCAUGGACAGAUCACAUUAGUAUUCCCGUCCUAUCAAUGUGCGGGCCCGUGAACAACGUCAGCCGGACCGAUUCUCUGCGUCUGCCAGUCCCGCCACAGAUUCAUCUGGGAUCUUCAAACAGAUGAGCCCUUAGAGACAAGGGAUCAAGGCAGCCGAUUAGAGCCAAUUGCUUGCUUUGGGGACGGCCAGUCCUUCCAGGCCUGGCGACAGUGGAGGGAGGGGAAAGACGAACCGAGCGCCGCUGCGGGAAGACACUGAAGCAAGAGCGACACCCCUUUCCGCCCCCCACCUUGCAGCGCAGGCUUUGAAAGCUGCUCCCCCACCUGAAUGGAAACUCAGAACCGCCGGGCGGCGCGUUCCUUCUCGCCCAGCCUUGCAAUCCAUGCCGAGAGGAAGGCAGAGCGAGCCCGCGCCAGCGCCCAGCUCCCGGGACAGGGUCGGCAAUGCUGCUGAGCAGAACUUGAUCGCGCCCCUUCCUCGCUGCUAGUGGAAGCGAUGCUGCAAGGCACAGCCAGCGCUUCCCCGGCUCUCCUUCAAGCUGAAGGUUACCGACCCGCGCAGCCAGCCCCAGCACUGUGAGCUGCGCGCCUCAGGUCCGGGCUCCGGGUGCUUGGCCGCGGCGCGCAGGGCAACGACCGGGCCGCCCGCGCCGGGGCGCACUGCACCAGCGGCUUCGGCUUGGUGGAUGUGUAUGCAUGAGUUCUGCACCGAAUGGGCGCAAAAAGCGCCCCAGCCGGUCCACCCGCUCCUCAAUCUUCCAGAUCAGCAAGCCCCCGCUGCAGAGCGGAGAUUGGGAGCGCAGGGGCAGCGGCUCCGAGAGCGCCCACAAAACCCAACGAGCCCUGGACGACUGCAAGAUGCUUGUCCAAGAGUUCAACACACAAGUGGCCCUGUACCGAGAGCUGGUCAUUUCUAUUGGGGAUGUCUCGGUCAGCUGCCCCUCACUCCGGGCGGAAAUGCACAAGACAAGAACCAAAGGCUGUGAAAUGGCCCGUCAGGCACACCAAAAACUGGCUGCCAUCUCAGGCCCAGAAGAUGGUGAGAUCCAUCCAGAAAUCUGUCGGCUUUAUAUCCAGCUGCAGUGCUGCUUAGAAAUGUAUACCACAGAGAUGCUAAAAUCCAUAUGUCUGCUGGGGUCUCUUCAGUUUCAUCGAAAAGGAAAGGAACUUGGUGGGGGAACCAAGAGUUUGGAUUGCAAAAUUGAGGAAAGUGCUGAAACACCUGCCCUAGAAGACUCCUCAUCAUCCCCCAUAGAUAGUCAGCAACAUUCCUGGCAGGUUUCCACAGACAUUGAGAACACUGAAAGAGACAUGCGAGAAAUGAAAAACCUUUUAAGCAAACUCAGGGAAACUAUGCCUUUACCACUGAAAAAUCAAGAUGACAGCAGCCUUCUGAAUCUAACUCCGUACCCCCUGGUGAGAAGACGGAAGAGACGGUUCUUUGGGCUGUGUUGUCUCGUCUCAAGCUAGGUGGCUCCUCCUGGAAACCCACUGAGAACAUCUGAAAAAAAAUCACAAAACCCAAGGACCUCCAGACAGCUGAACCACACAGUUAUUGGUUUUUGACUAUGUUUUCUAUGCUUCCUUAUUACUUUUAUCCGCCUCCCCCUGCCCUUUUAAAUGAUUUUACACUUGAAAGCAGCUGCCGUCAAGAAAAAAAAGAACAGAUUCAAAAAGCAGGCUGUUUUUAAAAGGAAAUUUUAAAGCUGACAUUGUGCAUGUCUGCUCCAAACCAUGCCAUGACAGAUGCAAGAUUUAUGAUUUUUAAAUUAUUUAAAGGUUUUUUUAAAUGUAUUAUACAGAGGAAAAAUUUUUCACAUAUAAUAGUAUAUCUAUAGCUCUUGCUGAUCUCAUGUUAAAAAUUAUCAUAUAUAAAAGAAGUCUUUAAACAUAGAAAUCUAUUUAAAACUGAAAAACUGUGUUCAGAAAACCAAUCUAUCAAUAUCAUUAGAAAUAAUAUUAUAAGCAAACAUAUACCACCUCACCUAUUGCUUUCUCUGCACUCAUUUACAUUUAGUCUUCCAUUCUGUCAGAAUCUAAGAGCUUCAACAUGAAAGUAUCUUAAUUUAUAAUGCAACAAAAGCCACAUACAAAAAAUACUUAAAUUUUGUAAAUAAACAAUAAUCCUAAUACCUUCGUACAAAUGCAUAUGGGCAACUAAUUUCUUUUUGAUCCAAUGGUGUCUUUUUCAGCUUCUUGGAGAAUGAAGUAAUCCAGUUAGGAAAUGGUGUAGUAACAUAUACAAUUACCCUCAAAUGUAAAAUCAAAUAUUAUUACAUUUUGUUCUAAUUGAAAUCUGAAGCAUGGUGUCUGCACAUCAGCAUAGUAUUAAAUCUUAUAGGGCAUGCUGGAAUUAGCUCAGAUCGUAACAAUAUUUAACAUUUUACAUUGUUAAUAAAGUUUUUUAGUUAAGCUAAGCUUGUCUCAUUUUAGAUGACUAUGCAGAUAAGACUUUUCCAAUGUGUACUUGGUGUCUUGUCUUACACUUAGACUCUUGAAAGCAGGACACAUUAAGCAAUACUACAUUUUAGAAAGGAGGAAGCCACAUGCUUUGUUUUUCUGCUCACAGCUUUGUUGUGAUCUUUCUUCGCUAAACUUAUAACAUGGUACAAAUCUUGUUAUACUUUCCCCUGUUCUUCCUUUGGCCCAUUUCUCAGACAAAAUUUCCCUUGGGUUAAGAGAUCAAGUCUUUGCACUUCUUUUCUUGUUUUCCAUGGUCUGAAAAAUCUUCAAGUCAGACAGGAGGCACCGGUGUCUAGUACAAUAGAAUGUUGAGCUAGAUGCCUAUAAGUGGUUUAUCUAAGACACGCCUUUAAUCCCAACCCUAUGCUUUUCUCAAUAUUUAUAUGCACAGACAUUUAUAUGUAUACCAAUAUUUUGACCUAAAAACUAAAUAUAUUAAGGCCUUUAGCUUUAGUGAAGAUGAAGAAAGGUAUGGAUGAACACUACUGUAAUAAUUAUUGUAUUAGGUUGAAUUAUAUGAAAUUUCCUAUAUUUGACUGUUUUGACCUACGAAAUGGCAAUUUCAUAUAGCUCAUCCUGAUAUCUGAUGUGAAAAUUAUACUUGGAAUUUUCUUCUAGCUCUUUUAAUUCAAAGUGAAGGAAUUAAAGGGUUGGAAGAGAAUGUUACACAGGUCUCUAUUUAGAUCAUACCAGCUGGUUUUUGGCCUUAUUCUUUGAAUCUAGAGCUGUGUUCUAAUGAACCAGUAACUAAUGCAUGGUUAUAGGCAUACCUGGCUUCAAAAAAAGAAGUAGCCAUGGAAAGCUGUAUGAGAAAAUCACAAUUUUCUGAAUCAAAUAUUUGUAAAACUAUCUGGCUAUUUAAAGACUCUUAGGGUGAAUACUCCCUGGCAAAACAAGCAACCCAGAAUUACCCUGGUCUGAAAACCUUGAUUUAAGCUUAAUAUCCUUUUCUGAAUCUAAUUCAUUUUCAUCCCCUAAGGUUAUUUCAUUUGAGAUCCCUUGUUUUUGAGAGUUUGAUGUAGCCCAGUUUGGCAGCUCUCAGCACCUGCCUCAGCCCUCUCCCAUACUUCUAUGAACUCUAGCUUCAAUCUAGUUCCUACUAAUCCAUGCAGAGUUAUUAACUGAUAAGCCCAAUCUUGCUGUUCAGCACAUUCCUCUAAAUGCCUGACCUAAAUAACUUUUGCUUGGUUAACUUGUGUUCAUUCUCACCUUAGUCUCAGUGUGAAAGUAACACUUACCUUCUGUGCAAUUGUCCUUUGUACAACUAAAGACUGUUAAUAAAUUCAGGUUUCACCUCCAUGUCUGAAAAGGCUGUAGUAGCUAUUCAUGGAGAUAAGAAUUUGUCUAAUUACCUAGCCAGACUUUGCAUAUUUAAGGUAAUAUAUUCAGCUACCGUAUCUUUUAUUCAUAGUGCCUGUUUUCCAGUCUUUGAUCAGUUUUGUAGUUCCUGCAGGUAAACUCCAAGAUUUAUAGCUCCUCUUUCAGUAGCAUAUCCUAAAAUUAAGUUUAGUGCUCAAAAUCCUGAUAACCUACACUGUCUCAUGGUUACAUAGUAGGUAAUUCACCGUCUCCCCUUAGAUAAGCCAAUACAUCCCCUAGGAGCUGUCCCACUCUCCUCUCACCUACCAAAGGAUUUUCUCAGGUGUGGUUCCAAGCGAUAAAGUUCUACUGUCUCUGCUUCCUGCUGGUAAUUCACUUUCAGAUUAGCAAUAACACUGAGCUGAUCUCUAGGGGUAAGAAGAGAACACUGAACUCAUUUUGUCGCAUGUGCCACAUGCUUGAAACAGAAAAGGAUGUAAACUUCUGUGGCAUACAUUCACCCAUUUUCCCACUAUAUCUUUAAUAUCCCAUGUUGAUUUUUUUUCAGAUUACAAAGACAAUACAUGUUCUUUGUGGGAAAUCUGAAAAAUACUACCAAAUAGAAAGAAAAUAAAAAUCACCUGAAUUCCACCAUGACCACAUUGUUUAAAACCACAGUUCUGGGCUUUAAAUCAGUCAGGGGCUGGGCCCAAAGGCACUUUUGUGUAAGACAAGUAAAGAAAUGCCCACAAGGCCAAGAUGUCACUUAAAAAAAAAAUCUGGCCAGUCAUGUUUUGCAUGUGAGGAACCGACUCACUGCAAACCACUGGUUAUGCCAUUAUUCAGGGGUACAUAGAGAGCUUUAGAAGUAGCAUAGUCCUGAUGCCUCCUCUAAUCAAUUAAAGCUCUUGGGGUAAAUUCCAAAAUUGCCAGACCAUUUUGUUUCUCUAUGCUUCUAUAAAACCAAUCAGGAAACAGUGUUUGGCAAUACUGCCACCUACUGAAAGCUGAGCUUCAGAGUGACACAAAAGAAUGUAAAAGCAUCUACUUUGUUAUAAACAGCAAACAAAUUGACCAGAUUAACAAUGAGCCCAUCUGGAAUUUAAAACUCUGAAAGUGCCAACAUUGAAAGGAUUAAGAUAUCAUCCAGCCAAACCUCCCACACUAACCCACACACACACACAAGCAAUAUCUAUCAUUUCUUUGUCUUAGGAAUGUCACCAAAUACAAAAUGCUGAACUUUCAGGUAACCAUAGGUAGGAUGCGAAAAAGCUGUGAUACUAUUGGCCUCAGGAUAGAUCAUUAGAAUUAAGUAUAUAGACCAUAAUAGACCUAAUAAUAUAAAAUAAUUGAGUAUAUUAUAAAGAUGGCAUUCCAGAUAGAUGAAAAAGUUCGGAUUAUUAAUUUAUAUUGGGAUAACUGGUUAGCCAUUUAUUGAGAGAAAUUUCUAUAUCUCAUAAUUAUUAUCAGAAUAAAUUCCAGAUGAAAUAAGGAUUUACAUAUUCAAGCACAUAAAUAAGCAUACAACAGACUAGCAGGCAAAGUGGGUGGAUAUUUAUUGAAUUUAGUGUGAAAAAAGCCUUUCUUUGAGUGACACCAAAAGAAAAAAAACAGAAAAAAAUAGAUGGAUGGAAUUUGACUAAUUAGAAAUGCAAAACUCUUACGUAGUAAAAAGUAAUAAACCAAAAUGAGAAAACAAUAUAUGCAACAAAAAGUAUAGCUCUCAAAUACAUAUCAAGAGCUUAAACAUCACUACUUUUGGGACAUUUCCAUGACUACAACCCCCUUCUCAACCAACUGUUUCCAUUUGAUUCUUUCCCUAUCGAACAUUUUCAUUAUUGCUUGUUUAAUUGCCUGUUAAUCCCUAUUAAAUUGGAAGAAUAAGAAGGCAGCAACAUUGUCUAUUUUGCUUAUUGUUGUAUCCAUACACCUAACACAAUGCUAGACACAAAGCAAAUGCUGAAAACAUACUUAUUGAAAGAGUGGAUAAUGAAUGAAUGAAUAAAUGACAUUUUAUGACUCAAGGAGAAUCAAAUUUUUCAACAGAAAUGGGACCAAGGACACAAACUGGCAAUGCACAGUAAACUGAAAUAAUGUACUAAUAAUAAAUAUGAAAGUGUUUUAAUAUACUAGUAAUAAAAAAUGCAAGUUAAUACUAUAUACUCCUUUUUACAAAUCAGAAAGGCAAAGAGCAUAAAGAAUUAAAGUUCCCAGGGACAAAAAGGAAGUAUGGAAAUAACAUCAUCUUACAGAGUCAACAGGAAUAUAAACUGAUUCCACCUUUCUGAAAAAAUAUUUGGUAAUAUAUUUUUCCUGCAUGCCUAGUAAUUCUACUUUAGGGAAAGACUCCUUUAAAUGGG